AUGCUGACAGAGUACUUCAAGGCAAACAGAGUACAUGAACAAGCAAGAGGCAUCCUCUACCGUGACUUCCCCGAGUGGUUUACUUGGCAAACAGGGAAAAAUAGAAAGUUUUGGCAACCGAGGAAACGUGGUGGACAAGUCAGUAGAAUUGUGACGGCCCAUCCGACCAAGGGGGAACGCUACUACCUCCGGGUUCUACUGAACCACGUGACAAGUGCCACAUCCUAUGAGGACCUGAGGACAGUUGAUGGCGAGAUACUACCAUCCUUCCGUGAUGCCGCGGAGAGAAGGGGACUGAUUGAGGCAGACAAUACGCUGGACGAGUGCCUCACGGAGGCCGAGUUGUUCCAGAUGCCAUCGUCGCUCCGAAGGCUCUUUGCAACAAUAUUGGUAUUUUGUGAGCCCGGCGACGUGCGUGGCCUCUGGAACAGACACCUUGAGGCAAUGUCGGAUGACUACCGCCACACCGAUCAAUGCACACACACGGUCGAGCAGAAGGUUUUGAUAGAUAUUAGGAACAUGCUACAGUCAAUGGGGAAGGAUAUAAGAUCGUUCCCUCUUCCUGAUAUCGAUGAGGCACUUGACAUGGCAAACAGUGUGCCAAGGGAGAUAUUUGAGGAGUCUAUGAUCAGUGUGGACCAUAAGCACAUAGCCUUAUCUGACUCCCUCAAAGUCGAGCAGAGGGUCACCUACGACGAGAUUCUAGUCGCGGUUGAUAGCGGCGAAGGAGGCCUGUUCUUCGUUGAUGGCCCUGGAGGCACAGGGAAGACUUUUCUUUACAAGGCACUGCUUGCGACGGUCCACGGCCAGGGGAAGAUCGCCGUGGCGACGGCUACGUCUGGUGUUGCUGCUUCUAUAAUGCCCGGAGGAAGAACCAUGCACUCACGAUUCAAGAUACCUCUGACCAUUGAUGAUGGGGGUUAUUGUAGUUUCACAAAGCAAAGUGGGACGGCUAAGCUUCUGCAGGCGGCAUCACUGAUUAUGUGGGAUGAAGCCUCCAUGACUAAGAGGCAGGCGGUGGAGGCCCUGGACAACAGCAUGUGUGACAUAAUGGGUCGGCUAGAUGUCAUGUUUGGCGGGAAGACAGUUGUGUUUGGUGGUGACUUUAGACAGGUCCUCCCUGUUGUUUGA